GUUUAACAGUGUUGCUAAAUGUGUUCUUCUCCAAGUAUUUGGCAUGGACAAGGAAGUGAUGAUAAACAAGAAGUUGAUGAAUCUCAGAAUUCAAAUUGUGAACAAAAGCUGGAUUCAUUGAAUUCCUUUGGAGCUUUUCACACAAAUAAAGUAAGUAAAAAUCAUGUAAUUAGUAAUCAAGAAAUUACAAAUAUGGAUGCAUAAGGUGAUGUAAGCCAUUUUAUAUGACAGGUCUUUAACAGUAAAGAUGAAUUACUCACAUGGGUCAGACAAACUGGAAAAGAUCUAGGUUAUGUGAUUGUUAUUAUUUCUUCUUUAGCUAAAAACGGUGGAAGAAAGGCCAGAUUGCGUCUUGGUUGUGAACGUGGUGGGACUUAUAGACUUCGUAAGAAAGUAGUUAGUAAAAACACAUCAUGUCGUAAGAGGACAGGGACAAAAAAAAUGGUUGUCCGUUUAUGUUGCAAGGUGUGAAAUUAGAAAAUGAUGAUGAUUGGUGUAUAAAUGUUAUCUGUGAGCAUCAUAACCAUCCACCUGCUGCGCAAUUAGAAGGCCACUCAUUUACAGGAAAAUUAAAUAAAGAUGAAGAAAAUGUACUCUUAGAUAUGACGAAGAAUAUGGUGAAACCGAGAAACAUACUUCUCACAAUAAAAGAUAAGAAUGAGAAGAAUACCACUACAAUGAAGACAAUAUAUAAUGUCCGCCACAAAUAUAGAACUAUCGAGAGAGAUGGGAGAUCACAAAUGCAACAACUUAUGAAACAGUUGAAUGAUUAUAAGUAUGUGGAAUGGCAUAGGAGAAAUGAAACAACUGAUUGUGUGACAGACCUGUUUUGGGCACAUCCCGCUUCUAUAAAGAUGUUACAUGUUUUUCCGCUAGUGUUACUUAUGGACUGUACCUACAAAACGAAUCGAUAUGGGUUUCCGUUACUGGAGAUAGUUGGGGUGACAUGUACUGAUCUUGCAUUUUCUAUAACAUUUGUGUACAUGGAGGCAGAGCGACAAGAAAACUACACAUGGGCAAUGGAAAAGCUAAGAUCAUUGCUGGCAACAAAUAUUGUGCCAAAAGUAAUUGUCACUGACAGAGACUUGGCGUUGAUGAAGUCUGUUAAGAAAGUGUUUCCUGAAACAGAAAAUCUUCUAUGCAGAUUUCAUAUCACAAAAAAUGUCCUUGCAAAUUCUAAGAAGUUGUUUAAAUGCAAAGAUGAGUGUGAUGGUUUCAUGGCCGCUUGGAGGGGCCUAACAUUUUCUUCAUGUGAAAUGGACUAUGCUAAAAACUUGAAUGUUAUUCAAAGCGAUUACCAGAAUUAUCCCAGUGUCAUUGAAUAUGUAAGAGAUACAUGGUUGAAUCCUUAUAAGGAGAGAUUUGUAGCGGCUUGGACAAAUAAAAUUAUGCAUUUUGGCAAUUUGACAACCAAUAGAGCCGAGAGUGCACAUGCAAAGUUGAAGAAAUUGCUUGGCUCAAGUCAAUUAGAUUUUGAUUGUUCUUGGAAGACAAUCAACGCUUUAAUUUUGUUGCAGCACACUGAAAUCAAAGCUUCAUUUGAACAAAGUCUGAAUGUGGUAGAACACAAUUUCAGACCAGCAUUAUUCAAAGAAUUGCGAGGCUUGAUUUCAAGAACAGCACUAAACUUGAUUUUGACUGAGUCUGAAAGGGCAAAUGAUGUUGGCCUUGAUACCAAAUUGUGUGGGUGUGUCAUGAGAAGCACACACGGCUUGCCAUGUGCACAUGAAAUUGUUGAAUAUGUCAGAUGCGCUAAACCCAUACCUAUUUCAGAUAUUAAUCCUCAUUGGAUGAGGUUGAAUAUGCAAAAACAUCAAGAAAGUGAUGUCCCAUUUGAGAUUAGUAUUGAUACUGAGAUGAACUCUAUAUGGACACGGUUCCAGCGGUGUGAUCAAGCUGGAAAGCUGGCAUUGAAGAGAAAGUUAAGAGAGUUAGGUGAUCCCACAACGACAUUCCUUAUUCCACCACCCGAAAAAGUUAAGACAAAGGGUCGUCCUCCUUUGAAGGCAAAUUCAUCAACUCGACGUGACCCUUCAUAUUUUGAAAUUGUCGAAUCUGAAGUUGCUAAGCGUGACUCUGAAUUGGGUGAAAAACGUGUUGUAGAUCAAAAAGUGAGGAAGAAAAUUGUUAAGAAAAAAACCAAAAGUCUGCUAAAUUAUUUGGGUUAUUUAUCGUCAUACUUGCACCCAUAUAUCUUUGACAUAAUUGACGUCAAGCCGGAUGGACACUGCGGUUUUCGCGCAAUUGCUAGUUUACUAGGUUUUGGAGAAGAAAAAUGGGCAAAAGUUCGUGAAGAUUUAAUUGAAGAGUUAUGCGACCAUCGACCUUAUUAUGUUCGUUUCUAUGAGUCUGCAGAAACUGUUGCUCAAUUACUUGAAGAGUUAUCUUAUUUCAGAGUUCCAGCGCCAUUUAAGAACUGGAUGACUCUACCACACAUGGGUCAUUUGGUUGCUUCUAGAUAUAAAGUGGUUUUGGUCUUUCUUUCUAAGCUUGUAUGUGUGACAUUUCUUCCCCUUCGAUCUAAUCCACCUCUUCAGGUUUCAAUGGAUCCUUUUGCACCAAUACCUCCAAUUGCUGCAAAUUGGAGACAUUUUAGACUUGAUUCUGCAAUAGGCUGGGAGACCCCGUAUUUAGCUCGUAUUAAGGAUUUUAAUGACAUUCAAUCAGCACAUUUAGGUGAUCGUAGUAAGGAAGUUAUUGACCUCGAAGACAAAUAGGCUGAUACUUGCUCAAGCUUAACCCCAGGAAACUUUGCUUUUAGCGAUUUUGAUCGAGUUAUAUGUACAAGUUAUAUGGAGUGGCAAGUUAUAUGUACAAGUUAUAACUCAUUUUUUCUUGUUUCUCUGAAUGUCUACAUUGCAGAUUUAUAUUUUAUACGAGAUUCAACUUGCAUUA